AUGUGGGAUACAUUGCGACAAAUAGUGCGGAGCACGCCAAGAGAUUCGAGGCACAGAGGUCGACGCUAUGAGGAGGUUGGGAGAGAGACUGUAGGAGAUACAAGGGGAGCCAUAGGAGAGACUAGGGGUAGAUCUACGGAAAGGGCGAGGGGAGAGGCUAGGAGAGAGACUGUAGGAGAUUCAAGGGGAGCUAUAGGAGAGACCAGGGGUGGAACUACGGGAAGGGCGAGAAGAGAGGCUUUGCGACCGAAUAUGGAGCAAGCAAGCCGUGUAGGACACAUCGGACAGUACGAAUAUCGAUACCGAGGACCAGCUCCUUCGAAUUCUCAUACUCAACCAAUCUCUUCUUCCGAUAGCAGCUGGAAUACUCUCAGGCCCCGUCAUUCUUUACAUCAAGUUCUUCCUACUCCUACUCCUUCUUACUCGCCUCCCCCUCCCUCUUACUCGCCCCCCCCCUCCCUCUUACACGCCUUCUCCAACUUACGAUACACCCUACGAGGCUUCCUCUCAUCUUUUUGA